AUGAGGGACAAGCGCGCCUCCGCGUUGCUGCUGCUGCUGCUGCAGCAGCAGCAGCUGCUGCUGCUGCUGCAGCAGCGGCUGCUGCUGCUGCUGCUGCAGCUGCUGGGGGUUCGGGGCGUGCUGCGGAAGAUUCUGGUGAGGGAGGGAGUGCGGGUGCCCCCGGGGACUCCCGUGGGUUUGCUGGAAGCAGCAGCAGCAGCAGCAGGCCCUGCAGCAGCAAACACUGCAGCAGCAGCAGCAGCAGCAGCAGAGGAAGCAGCAGCAGCAGCAGCAACACUGCCCCCAGGAACUGUCUCUCUCUUCAUGCCCGCCCUCAGCAGCACAAUGACGGAAGGCCGAAUUACCAAGUGGUUGAAGCAAGAAGGAGACAAAAUUGAAGUUGGAGACAGAAUUCUGGUGGUGGAAAGCGACAAAGCGGACAUGGAGGUGGAGGCCUUCGACGCGGGGUACUUGGCAGGUGUAGGUACACCCGAAGGAGCAGCAGCAGCAGUUGGAGACACAAUUGCUUUUAUUGUCCCCAAAAAGGAGCAAGUUGCGCAGCUGCAAGCAGCAGCAGCAGCAGCAGCAGCAGGAGCAGCAGCAGCAGCAGCGGGGCCUGCUGCUGCUGCUGCUGCUCCUGCUGCAGCUGCGGCAGCAGAGCCGGCGGCGGCAGCUGCUGCAGCGGACGCUGCAGCAGCAGCAGACGCAGCAGCAGCAGCAGCUGCUGCUGCUGCUGCGGCCAAGGAAGCAGCAGAUGCUGCAGCACUUGAAGAAGCAGCAGCAGCAGCAGCAGCAGAUUGGCUGCUGCCAAGUGUAGACCAAACUGCAGCAGAACAGUCUCUCCCCAACUUGUCUGCUGAGCAGCUGCAGCAGCUGCUGCGCAACAGACUUGCUGCUACUCUUCCUGCUGCUGCUGCUGCACUGGACAACCCCAAAUUUGCUGCUGAGCUGCUGCGGCGGAUGAAACUGCGGCCGCCGCCUCGUGCUGCUCUUUUGUCUUCUUCUGGCUUUUUUGACAGCAGCAGCAGCAGCAGCAGCAGCAGCAGCAGCAAGGGAGAAGAAGCAGCAGCAGAAGAGCCGGUGUAUCUGACACCGGCGGCAGAGGCGCUGGCGGAGAAGCACAAAGUGGAGCCGAAGUCCAUUCAGGGUUCUGGCUUUGGGGGGCGGAUAACUUUGGCAGAUGUGAAAAAACAUUUGGGAGAAAAAAACGAAAGUCCGGAAACCCUUUAUUCCUUCUCGGGUGUACGUACACCUCAGAAGCUGGAGAAGCCCGUCGCCGUUCGAGAACGUAGCAGCAGCAGCAGCAGCAGCAGCAGGCAGCAGCAGCAGCAGCAGCAGCAGCAGCAGCAGCAGCAGCAGCAGCAGCAGCAGCAGCAGCAGGUGAUGAUGAACGUCACGCUCACCUGCGACCACAGACACAUCUACGGACAUCAUGCCGCCGAAUUCCUACAGGACUUCGCGGAAAUUAUUGAAAAUGCGCCAAGCAGUUUACUUUUAUGA